CAAAUCAUCAUUGAAAUUACCCAAAUCGUUUACGGUGGGGCAGAUUUUGAUUUUUAUGGCCCAGAAUUUGGUUGAAAAACACUACGUAAACCCUUCAGAGUUUGGUGAUAUCAACCGAGUGGUGCGGUUGUAUGAACAAUUUCGAUUCGGUAAAGAAUUGAUUGAAGAAAGAGAAAUGGUAGAAUUCAUGGUUGGAUUUGAACGUUUAGGAGACAUUUUCUACAAAUAUUACGGACCGUUCUCCGGGGUCAGAAGAAGCAAACCCAACUAUCAUCAAGAUGAUGACAUUGGUGUCAUGGACUACGAUUCAGACAGAGAGGCAUAUAGCUACGCUUACUCGGAUACAGAGUCUGAGUUCGAACUUCCUCGCCCUAGACCUGCCCGCUAUUCCUAUUCAAGCCAGGCCCAGACGCGGUCAAAUUUGGUGGGGCCCUCAGAAUCUACAGAAACAGUAGGGUCCGUCAUAAGAAGAAAAUUUUCAAGUGUCAGUCAUGGGUCGCUCUUAAGACAUCAUACAUCAAGCUCGGAUAGUAAAAGCUCUGUGAUUAAACACAAAUUGGAUAUUAGUAAAGACAUUGGCAGGUCCAGGUCUUCUUUCACUUCUGGCCUACAUGAAGAUACAGAGUCCGUUAUAGGCCCAAGCACCAUUCGUAAACCCCGUCACUCCUUUGGAGAUUAUACUUUGGACGUCAGUGGCUCUGCGACUGGAACUGAACCUUCAGAACCAAUCCAGAACCCCCCACCUUUCCAAUUCAAGUUAUCUCCUCCUAUUCCUGACUCAUCUACUAGAUCCCGCCUGCCAUCACCCGGAAGAGUUCUUGACUUGGAAUUUCAUCGACUGAGAUCCCCCAAACGGCUGAGGUCUCCUAGACGGAAAAUCAAACUUCUGCUUUCCAGCUCUCUGGAUGAUGACGACAUAGACAAUGAUGAAGAGUAAGAGUAAAGUGACGAUGACUGAUAGGAGUGGCCCAUUCAUCAAGUACUACAUAUCAAGUAUUCAAAUUCCCGAGGGUUCCCUCCCCCUUCCAAACUUUCAUUAGCAUUAUAGACAUUAAUACAGUAACCUUAAUUACUGUUUUGGGGUAGCUACUCCAUCGUGAAUUUUAUAGUACACCACCGUAGAAUCAUCAUUAACAAGGGCAAUGAGAAUACUCUUAGGUCUCUGACCCGAGAUUUUACCAAUCUCUACAAACCAAGUAUUUAUCUGCUUGACCGAAAGAUUUUUUUGGGAAUCAACUGCCUGUGGAAUAAUCCAUUGUUUGCCACCGUCCAACUCUAAAUCUGUGGGAUUGGUAGUGGAUGGAUUGUUUGGUGGUGCCGCAUACAAUAUGUCAACAAUUGAUGGACCAGAACCAAUGACGAAAGUCUGUACGUCUGACCAUAAAUUGUGGUACUCUAGAUUCUGUUUCACCCGAUGUCCUAGGGAUCCAGAUGACAUCUGUAUUCUGUUUCCGGUGUAGUACUUCAAACAAAUUUGUCAGAGUUUGAAGGCUGCGAUGAGGUGAAAAAUCUGAUGGGCCGCGUGCACGACCGGGGUUUGAACUGAAAUAGUCACCUAAAAAGGGGCCAACCACCCAUUCCGACAUGCUUGAGGUUGCAGUGGUUAGACUUCGUGAAUAACAUGAAAGCGGGUGUGUCCGACAAUGAAAUUUUCUACCAUAGGAAGGUAAUCUAGAAUACAACUCAACUGUCACAUAGCAACUGAAUCUAGACCGAUAUCCACUUAGAUUUCCUAAUAUGGUUAAAUGAAUAGGAUUUCCGAUGGUAUGAACAUUGUACCGGCAACGCCUCUUUGUUAACCUGCAUUCGAGACAGGCCGGAGGGACAGGCGAAAUCUAAGAUCUACCGGUACCCCGAAUUGUGCCCCGAAUUUCUUUUUCGCUAACGGUUAGGCAUUCCCAUUUGGUGGUCUAGGUUUUUUCGUAGCUUGGUUUAGCUCAUAAGAUUGCCUGUUGUGGGCAUAGGCAUUUUAGCAUGCAUGAAUAGGAACCUUAGGUCUAGAACCGGAUUUGGCACCAGAAAAAAAUUUUCACCUUUGCAGCCAACAGUCAGAAUGUCAAGGUAUAUAAAGGGUUUCAAGAGACCAUGAUAUUUGACCUUUUCUUUAACAACGUUCAUUCAUUCCUUGCUUUGUCAGUGUUAGACUCUUAGUCCUUUCAUUUUUUCAUUCCUUUUAUUUAUCACAUUCCUUAUAAAUCACACUCUUUAUGUUGUUCACCCAAAUCGCUACUUUAUCAUUGGCAGUUUUGACCGCUGCCGUUCCUGUUGAGAAAAGGUCUAACACUUGCAAAUUUCCUACCGACCAAGGAUUGAUUGCCGUUACUCCAAGUAAAAGCAAUGGUGGUUGGGCCAUGUCCCCAGAUCAAGAAUGUACUGCUGGUUCUUACUGUCCUUACGCUUGUCCUGCUGGACAAUUGAUGGCUCAAUGGGAUCCAUCUGCCACUGGAUACUCUUAUCCUUCUUCCAUGAAUGGAGGUAUCAAGUGUGAAGCAGACGGAACUCUCACCAAGCCUAUGAGCGAUAACGAUUACUGCCAAGAUGGUGAAGGUACCUUGAAGGCCAAAAACACCGCCGAUAAAGAAGUUGCUUUCUGUCAAACGGUUUUGCCAGGUAACGAAGCUAUGCUCAUUCCAACUAAAGUUAAAGCUUCCACCGAAAAUGACUUGGCUGUCCCUGGUCCAAACUACUACGCUGGUACCGCCGCCCACUAUUAUGUCAACAGCCCAGGCUACUCUACCAAGGAAGCUUGUGUCUGGGGUGAUUCCAGUGAACCUAAGGGUAAUUGGGCUCCUUACGUUGCUGGUGCCAACAUGGACGACUCAGGAAACACUUUUGUCAAGAUUGGUUGGAACCCCAAGUAUGUGGAAGAUUUCAACAACAAGACUCCAAGUUUUGGUAUUCGUAUUACUUGUGAAGACGAAUCCAAGUGUAAUGGAUUAAAGUGUGAAAUUGACCCAUCCAACUUCAACCAAAUAUCUGGAUCUGGCUCUAACUCUUUGGGUGCCUCUUACUGUGUUGUCACUGUCCAAGACAAGGCCAACGCCAAGAUCGAGGUUUUCUCCGCUUAGAUGUAUAUAGAUCAUGGUUGUAUUUUAUGUAUUGUAAUGAAAUUUUAGUUUUUUCGCAACCAGCUCGCGAUUCGAGAAGUACAGGGCUUAGAUGGCAUGACGCUAUUUCUGGUAUUAGGAAGGUUCGCUAUGAACUGUGGUAAUGAGGGUGCUACCAUCAUUUAGGUGCCAGUUUUCUAUAGGUAAUAGGCAUAUGCACCAGUUUCAACCCUUUGGUAGUGAAUUCGGUGCCCUCUUGAUCACAA